AUGCUGAACGUCUUCGGACCUAAUAUUUCCACGGCCGAAGGCUCUGAAUGGCAACGUCAACGAAAACUUACCGCAACUCCUUUCAAUGAGCAAAAGAGUACCCUCACCUGGAGGGAGUCAUUGCGUCAGGCAGGUGAUAUGGUGGACACCUGGCUUCCUGACACGAAUGGAAGUGCGAGGAGCACGUCGGAAGAUACAAGAACAUUGGUUCUGCACGUACUGGCCUAA